CGGCUCCUCGCGGCCACCGUAGAGGGCGUCGGGCUGCCGCCGGGACGGAAGCCGAGAGGCGCUGCCGACCGCGCCUGCGACAGCGUCAGCUCUGCGCGGAGCGCCGGCCCGAUGGCGGCGGCGGCGGCGAUGGCCGAGCAGGAGAGCGCCCGGAACGGCGCCCGCAACCGCGGCGGCGUCCAGCGCGUGGAGGGCAAGCUGCGCGCCAGCGUCGAGAAGGGCGACUACUACGAAGCCCACCAGAUGUACCGGACGCUCUUCUUCAGGUACACGUCGCAGAGCAAGCACGCCGAGGCCCGGGAGCUCAUGUGCUCGGGAGCACUGCUGUUCUUCAGCCACGGCCAGCAAAACAGUGCUGCGGACUUGUCCAUGCUGGUCUUAGAGUCUCUGGAGAAGGCAGAAGUGGAGGUGGCCGAUGAGCUCCUGGAAAACCUGGCUAAACUGUUCAGUCUGAUGGAUCCCAAUUCUCCGGAGCGAGUGGCUUUUGUGUCCAGAGCCCUGAAGUGGUCCAGCGGGGGAUCCGGGAAGCUGGGCCACCCCCGGCUCCACCAGCUGCUGGCGCUCACGCUGUGGAAAGAACAGAAUUACUGUGAGUCUCGGUACCACUUCCUGCACUCGACGGACGGCGAGGGCUGCGCCAACAUGCUGGUGGAGUACUCCACCUCCAGGGGCUUCCGCAGCGAGGUCGACAUGUUCGUGGCCCAGGCCGUGCUACAGUUUCUCUGUUUGAAAAACAAAAGCAGCGCGUCGGUGGUGUUCACGACGUACACGCAGAAGCACCCGUCCAUCGAGGGCGGGCCUCCGUUCGUGCAGCCCCUGCUGAACUUCAUCUGGUUUCUGCUGUUGGCUGUAGACGGGGGCAAGCUGACAGUGUUCACAGUGCUGUGUGAGCAGUACCAGCCGUCCCUGCGGCGUGACCCGAUGUACAACGAGUACCUCGACAGGAUAGGACAGCUCUUCUUCGGCGUGCCGCCCAAGCAGACGUCUUCCUACGGAGGCCUGCUCGGGUUCCGAAUUCACAAGCAGGCACCUGGCCGACAGUUUUUCUCACAGCCUGGACAGCGUAAGGUCUCCUCGGCUUCCUUCUGGAGCUGACUGGGCAGAUACACAGACGGCUGACUCUGCAGAAACGGCCCCGUGUUGUGCACACUGACUACACCACGUCCUUUUCAGUGCUGGAGCUGCAGGUGACGCGGCGGCAGGCCUGGGUGGGGCUCGUCCCGCAGAGCCCGGUGUCCGCAUCAGAGGCUCCCGCCUGGGGCUCUGGGGCUGGGCGGGCGAGCAUUUCUGUGUGGUGGCCUUGCCAGGUGCCUCUGGGGAAUGUCCGUCUCUGAGACUACUCUGAAGUUGGCUUUUGCUCGUCCAGCGUGUCUGGAGUUGGUUUGGGGGAGGCGUUGGCAGGGGCCCCCACCCGCCGUCCGAGCGCUCGCACGGCCGCCCCUCUGAGUGGCCCCCCUGUGCUCAGGUGACUGUCGGUUGGCCGCGUGCACAUCUGUUGGGCUUGGUCUCCGAUGUCGCUCCUCGUCCCCACUGUCCUGACUCUCAUGCUCGUUUAUCUUCCGGCGCAACUUCAGAGCCAGCCUUUGUGGUUCCCCUGACGCUGUUGGUGCGCUGUGACAGCCUGAGUCCAGCUGCAGGUCAGGGGAGAUGUGGUGGCCGUGUCCAGGGACGCUGCCUGCGCUGCGGGUCUCUCCUGUGCUCAUUUCCCCCGUGGUUGGUUUACGCAGACUUUGUAAACGUGGACUUUGUGUUGACAGAAGGGUUGUCUCUGGAUAAAAACUAGACAGACAGGGAAAGUGUCGGCGGUGACAGCCCCACAGGCGACAGCAGCUGUGUUUCACGUGUGGCCUUUGGGACUUGGACGCAUCUUACUGGUUUGUGUGUCAUGUGUUCUCAUGCGUGUGGUUUAUCCAGGGUUUUCCUGUGACACCGCUUAUCGAUGACUUUGGCUUCCCCCAGGGGCUGGGUCGGGGCCCCACUGGUGGGUAUGUGGGGCCGUCCUCGUCAUCCAACCGCGCAGCAGACGUCCUGAGCGUUUCUCGUGCCCCCUGCAGAGGUUCUUGCUGUGGGCUUCUGGGUCACAGGCAUGAGCACUGUCGGGCUGCUGGUCCUGACAGCCCCGAGCGGGCGCUGUGGGACUGGGUUUCUGGGGUGCAGGAGCCCCAGUGAGGCGCCGCCCUGGCCCUGACCGUGUAUUUGC